AUGCCUAGUUUCACACCAUUGAGCUUGUUUACAGAAGAAGAGCUCGAUAGAGGUCUAGAGGCAGAGGAUAUGGGUGAGCAAAAUAAUGAUGAUGUUGUGGGUAGGAAUGAUGAAAGAGAAGAGGGCAGGGAUGAUGACAAAGAUGAGGGCAGGGAUAAUGACAGAGAUGAGGGGGUGAUUAGGGAUGAAGUAAGAGAUGAGGCAGUUGAUAUGGAAGCAGAGGUGGAUGAGGGUGAGAGUGAAAGAGAUGAGGGCAGGGAUAAUGACAGAGAUGAGGGGAUGAUUAGUGAUGAUGACUCUAGUGUUUACAGUGGUCAUUUAAGUAAGAGUGAGGUUGAUGAGCAAGAAGUAGAGCAAGUGAUGGUUACUGUAGAGGAUGGGGAGGAGGGUAGAUUUCAGUUGGGGCAGACAUUUGCUGGGGCAAAGGAAGCUAGAGAGGCCAUCAAUUCAUAUGGUGUGAAGUUUGGUUACAAAAUAAAAUUUGUAAAAAAUGAGAAAACUAGGAUAAGGGUCGUAUGUAUGAAUGAGAAAGAGUGUCCCUUUCUCAUGCAUGUGUCCAAGGAUGGUGAUGCUGAGGGUUUGGUGAUUAAGACUCUUAUUCUAGAGCAUACAUGUUGCAAACAGAGGGAGGUACUUAGUGCUAGUCAGGGAUACUUGGCUAAGUAUUUCAAGCAAGCAGUUUGUAGGAACCCAAAAUACACCUCCAAGGACAUGCAAGGUCAUGUGAAAGACCAUCUGAAAUUGCAUGUUAAUUUGGCCAAAUGCAAGAGGGCAAAGAAGAAAAUCAUAUGCAAUUUGGAGGGGAGCUACAAGGAAGAGUUCAGUAGGCUUUGUGCCUACAUUGAGAAGGUCAAGGAGUGUAUGCCAGGAAGUAGGUUAGAGCUCCAGUUAUCUACAGAACAAUUGCAAGCUGGAAAGAGAGUUUUUAAAAGACUCUUUGUCAUGCUUGAGCCGUGUAGAUUGAACUGGUUGAGAGGUUGUAGAAAAUUGAUAUCAUUGGAUGGUUGCCAUUUGAAAGGAGUCACCUUUGGCCGUCUUUUAACAGCAGUUGGAAAUUAUGGCAACGAGGGAAUUGUUCCCAUUGCAUGGGCAGUGGUGAACAAGGAAAACAAAAAUAAUUGGAGAUGGUUCAUGAAUUGGUUGAAGCAGGGGCUGAAAUUAGGUGAGGGAGAUGAGGUGACAAUCAUGUCUGACAUGCAGAAGGUAUGA